AAAUGUCAGUACAUUUCCCACACUUGGCCGUUUACUGGAUCUCUCUCUCUCUCUCUCUUUUAAAACCUUUCUCCAAAUGUUAUCUCCGGCGAAAUGUGAGUCAGAAGACCCCACAGCUCAGCUGGAUCUCCUCCUCUCUUCUCCUAGAUCCGAACCCCAACGCCUCUCUCUCCUCCUCUCUCUUCCCAAUCCCGCCGAAGCAGAGAUGAGCACGAGCAGGAGAUCCACGAGGAUCAAUUGUAAUUCGCCUAAAGAGAUUGGCGGAGGAGAAGGUACCAACGGAAAGUCUGGAUCGAGUAAGAGAAAGAUUAGUAGCGCUCCGGUUAAGAAAGAUUCUGGCGGAUUGUCAUUCGAAGACAUAGCCAAGAGCUUGGAGAUUGGAGUCGUUUCCGAGUGCCGAGAUAAGAACGAUGAUGCUGAAGGUAGAUCGCAAGUUCCGGCUAAGAGGAAAGUUGACUGUGAUGACAUGAAGCGUUCUAGCAGUAAUAAACGGACGAGGAGAUCUGCGAGAUUCAGUAAAGGGAUGGAGGAUGAGGGAGAAGAAAAUCUAGGCGAGGAGCCUGUUCCAUCCAUUAGAUCUCCAAGGCUAUCUGGAACUGUUGAAAAUGGUUUGGGAUUAUGUGGUGCAAAACAGGUGAGAGGAACUGAGAAGCUGGUGCAAGUUAGUGAGAAUGGUAACUCGAAGAAAUGUGAGGGUGAUGGCUUUGUUUCAUCUAAGCAAGAGCUAUUAGGGUCAACUGUAAAUGGUAGUAGGGUCAAGUCGUUAGGAAAACACAGAUCUUCUGACCCAAAUGCGAGUGGUGAUCACACUAGCUCUUUGAAAAUUAGUGAAAAUGGUACGAGUCGCCGAGUGGUGAUGACAGCUGCGUUAGUGGAACAAGAGUCACGUCAGAGUAGAACUAGUGACUGCGGUGCUGAUGCUACUGUGAUCUAUAUCUCUGACGACGAUGAAGAGCCGCCGCCAGCCAAGGACGUACAAGAUUCGGUUGAAUUUUUGUAUACGAAAAGCUCUAAUGGAGAUGUUUUGAUACAAGGUGCAAGUGGAUGUACCCUCUCCUCGGGGGGAAAUGGGAGACAAGCACCACUGGAUCAAAAUAGUCCAAUUAAAUCAACCAAGGGAAAGGGUGCGCGAGUGACCCGUACUGCUGUCCGUGAAAAGCAUGAACAUGGUUCCUCCUUUUUCAUUGGAGAGCCAAUUCCUUGCGAGGAGGCUAAAGAAAGAUGGCGCUGGAGAUAUGACCUCAAGGAGCACAAAUCUAAGAGGAGAGGCCAACAGGCAGAAGAUGACGAAGACAUGAUUGUUGCAAAUGUGGAAUGCCACUAUUCACAGGCAAAAGUCGACAAUGAAACGUUCAGCCUCGGAGACUUUGCCUGCCUAAUGGGUAAUGGAGAAGAGCCACCUAUCGGCAAGAUAGUAGAGUUUUUUAAGACAACAGAUGGAGAAAGCUACUUCCGAGUUCAGUGGUUGUACAGAGCAACGGAUACAGUAAUGCAGAAGCAGGCUGCUGAUCAUGAGAGAAGGCGUCUCUUCUACUCUACUGUAAUGAAUGAUAAUCCAAUAGAUUGUCUUAUUUCUAAAGUUACUGUUUUACAAGUAUCACCUAGGGCAGGAUUAAAUCCCAAUUCUAUAAAAUCUGACUUUUAUUUUGAUAUGGAGUACUGCGUGGAGUUUUCGACAUUUCAAACCUUGAGAACUCAAACUUCCGAAAACAAGCUUGAGUGUGGUGCCGAUGUGACACCUACAGAAUCCAUUGAAUCUAUUUUGGAAGAUAAAAGUUUUAGCAAAGAGCUUCUGGUGCUUGAUCUUUACAGUGGUUGUGGUGGAAUGUCCACUGGGUUAAAUCUUGGAGCCAAGAUUUCUGGAGUUGAUGUCGUGACGAAAUGGGCUAUUGACCAGAACUUGGCUGCCUGUGAGAGCUUGAAACUGAACCAUCCACAGACGCAGGUUAGGAAUGACUCUGCUGGAGAUUUCCUCCAACUUUUGAAGGAGUGGGGUAAAUUAUGCAAGCGCUAUGUGCGUAACAAUGGUCAUACAACUGAUACAUUAAACCCCGAAAAUUCAACAAAAGAAGCCACUGAAAGUAGCUCUUCUACUGAAGAUGAUUCAGAACCUGAGGAGUACGAAGUUGAAAAGCUGGUUGAUAUAUGCUAUGGUGAUCCUGACAAGACAGGAGAACGUGGCCUGAAGUUUAAGGUGCACUGGAAAGGAUAUAGCAGCAACGAAGAUACUUGGGAGCCAGCAGAGGAAUUGAGCAAUUGUCAAGAUGCCAUCCGGGAGUUUGUAACAAGUGGAUUCAAGAAGAAGAUCUUGCCACUUCCUGGCGGUGUUGGCGUGAUAUGUGGUGGACCUCCAUGUCAAGGAAUUAGUGGCUAUAACCGCUUCAGGGAAGUUGAUUCUCCGUUGACUGAUGAAAGGAAUCAGCAAAUUGUAGUUUUCAUGGACAUAGUUGAGUAUCUGAAACCCAAAUUCGUGUUGAUGGAAAACGUUGUUGAUAUUCUGCGUUUGGACAAAGGUUCUCUUGGGAGGUACGCUUUGAGCCGUCUUGUGGACAUGAGAUACCAAGCGAGGCUAGGUAUCAUAACAGCUGGUUGCUAUGGUCUUUCCCAAUUUCGUUCCCGAGUUUUCAUGUGGGGAGCUGAUCCAAACAUGAAACUGCCUCCGUUUCCGCUUCCAACCCAUGAUGUUAUUGUCAGAUAUGGGUUUCCUCUUGAGUUCGAGCGGAAUGUAGUUGCUUACUGUGAAGGCCAGCCCAGAGAUGUUGAAACAGCUCUUGUUCUAAAAGAUGCGAUAUCAGAUCUUCCUCAUGUGUCAAACAACGAAACCCGGGAAAGAAUGUCCUAUGAAAGUCUCCCAGAGACAGAUUUCCAGAGAUACAUUAGAUCAACCAAACACGAUAUGACUGGCUCUGCGACUGAUAACUGUACAAAAAGGACGAUGCUACUGUAUGAUCACAGGCCGUCCCUUUUGUCUGAAGAUGAUUAUAACCGAGUCUGUCAAAUCCCAAAGAAGAAGGGAGCUAAUUUCAGGGAUCUUCCAGGGUUAAUCGUCAGAAACGACAAUACAGUCGGCCGUGAUCCAUCAAUGGAACCUGUCCUUCUGCCAUCAGGAAAGCGUUUGGUACCAGAAUAUGUCUUUACUUUUCAGCAAGGGAAAUCUAAAAGACCGUUUGCGCGUCUUUGGUGGGACGAAACAGUUCCAACCGUUCUGACAGUCCCCAGCUGCAGCAAUCAGGCGUUUUUGCAUCCAGAGCAAGAUCGAAUACUAACCAUAAGAGAAGCCGCACGGCUUCAAGGUUUCCCUGAUUACUUCCAGUUCUGUGGAACCGUUAAACAAAGGUACUGUCAGAUUGGAAAUGCAGUGGCAGUCUCGGUUUCUCGUGCUUUGGGCUAUUCUCUUGGUAUGGCUUUCCGUGGUCUAGCCGGUGACGAGAAUAUGAUAAAACUUCCCCAGAAGUUUUCUCAUUCAAGUUACCUUCAGCUUCAAGAAUCCAUUCCUCACUAAAAUUAUGUAGUACGACUUGGAAAGUCAAUAGCAGCAGAACUGUUUACCUUUUACCAUUUAUUUCUCUACACGAGGGUUGAGCUAAACGAAGACGUUCUGAGCUCAAACUCUUAUCAAUUUUUCUCAUCAAACUACAAAUUUUGUUGAUUAGUUAUAUGACUGAUAAACCAUGUUUAAUUUUUUUUUAAAUCUCUUUCAUUUUUACAUGUGUUUAGU